GUAGAUCAUCAUAUAAUUAGUUUGAGCUAAUUAACAACUUAACUAAACAAUUCGUUCAAAAUACUAUUAGAGAGCUUUUGUUGAGUUGUUGAGUUGAGUAAAAAUGGUGAAGUUGACAUUUGGAGACUUUGGUGACUCUUUUAGCAUGGCUUCAAUUAGGGCUUAUUUAGCCGAAUUUAUUGCCACCCUACUCUUUGUGUUUGCAGGAGUGGGAUCUGCAAUAGCUUUCAGUAAGUUAACAGAUAGUGGAGCAUUAGAUCCAGCAGGAUUAGUUGCUGUAGCAGUGGCUCAUGCAUUUGCCCUAUUUGUUGGGGUUGCCAUAGCAGCUAACGUAUCAGGUGGACAUUUGAACCCAGCUGUCACCUUUGGAUUGGCCAUUGGAGGCAACAUCACCCUUCUCACUGGCCUUUUCUACUGGGUUGCCCAAGUAGCUGGCUCAAUUGUUGCUUGCCUUCUCCUCGAAUUUGUCACUGGCAUGGGAGUUCCAGCCCAUGGAGUUGCCUCAGGAAUGAACGCAAUUGAGGGCAUUGUGAUGGAGAUUGUUAUUACAUUUGCACUUGUCUACACCGUUUAUGCCACAGCUGCUGACCCAAAGAAGGGCCAAAUUGGAAUUGUUGCUCCAAUUGCUAUUGGGUUCAUUGUUGGGGCCAACAUCCUUGCUGCUGGCCCAUUUAGCGGCGGAUCAAUGAACCCAGCUCGAUCUUUCGGCCCAGCUGUUGUAAGCGGUGACUUGUCUCAAAGCUGGAUUUAUUGGGUUGGCCCACUUAUUGGAGGUGGGCUUGCUGGGCUUGUAUAUGGUGAUAUCUUUAUUGGGUCAUAUGCUCCAGUUCCACCAUCUGAAAGUUACGCUUAAGUAUUUCUUUUGUUUUCUCUUCUUGAAGAAAAUGCCUUAAAAUUUGGGUAAUUUGGCUCCUUUUCUUUUUCUUCCUUGGGGAAUCUUGGGUAUAUGCCAUAAUUUGGUCAAUUAAAGUGAAUUGUAAUACAUUUUCCGCUUGUUGUGUGAGUUUUGCUUGUAGAAGCAAUGUAUAUAAUAAAAGCUUGUUCAUGAAUUGGUCAUCCUUUUUUCA